ACCUUAGAGGAGAGGGAAUGGUUUGCUGCAGCCUUCGAAAGCCUCCCUGAUGAGAGCCUCAGUAACGAGGAGAAAGUGAGCCUGGCAGUGGGCAUGCUUCACUCACAAGCUUUCGACCAGUUCUUGGCCACCAAGUUCCAGAGUGUGAAGCGGUACGGGGCGGAAGGAGCUGAGACUAUGACUGGGUUUUUCACUGAGACCUUUAGGCAGCUUGUGGAAGAUAAUGUUGAACAGUGUAUCAUAGCCAUGGCUCACCGAGGUCGGCUCAACCUCCUGACAGGCGUGCUGCAGUUGCCGCCAGUGGUCAUGUUCCAGAAGAUGAAGGGCCUCUCGGAGUUCCCUCCUGAAAUCAAGAACUCGGGAGAUGUUUUGUCACACUUGACAAACUCCCUGGAUUUGGAGGUUGGGGAAAACAAGUUCCUCCAUGUCACCAUGCUACCCAACCCCUCUCACUUAGAGGCUGUGAACCCCGUGGCCUGUGGCAAGACACGAGCCCGCCAGCGAAGCCUUGGGGAGGGCCACUUCUCCUCAGAGCCCUCUGCGCGACCCGGGGAUAAGGUCGUCUGCCUCCAGGUCCAUGGAGAUGCGGCUCUGUCGGGCCAGGGGGUCAUGCAGGAGACUCUGGCCUUGUCGGGCGUGCCGCACUUCGACAUCGGUGGGGCCCUGCACGUGUCCAUCAACAACCAGGUGGGCUACACGACCCCUGGAGAGCGGACGCGCUCAACAAGAUACUGCACUGAUAUUGCCAAGAUGUGCAGCAUGCCAGUCAUUCAUGUCAACGGAGACGAUCCUGAGGAAAGGCUGGCUGUGGUGAAAGCAGCCCGACUGGCAGUGCAGUACCAGAGAAAGUUCCGCAGAGAUGUGUUUGUCGAUUUAGUGUGCUGGCGGAGGUGGGGCCACAAUGAGCUCGACAAUCCUCGCUUUACCAACCCUUCCAUGUAUCGCACCAUCGAUGCACGCAAGAGUGUGCCAGAUUCAUAUAUCGAUACCCUGGUGGCAGAAGGCCUCAUGACACGAGAAGAUGUCAUGAAAAUUGUCUCGGAGAGGAUGAGCUUUUUGGCAGAGCAGCAUAAGAAAGUGGAUACUUAUGUCCCAAAGGCAGCGCAUCUCAAAAGGCAGUGGUCAGGCUUGGUGCAGGCCCCAAGUUCCAUCGAAGUGUGGGACACAGGUGUUGAUAUAGCCAGCCUGAAGUACCUAGGAGCCAAGUCUGUCAACCUGCCUGAAGAUUUUAAUAUCCACCCACACCUCAAGAAGACUCAUGUAGAGACACGUUUGAAAAAGCUAAUGGAAGGAACUGGGCUGGACUGGGCAACAGCAGAAGCCUUAGCAUUUGCCACAUUGCUAAAUCAAGGCCACAACAUCCGCAUUAGUGGACAGGACGUUGGCCGAGGAACCUUCUCCCAGCGGCAUUGCAUGUUCGUUGACCAGGUGGAUGAUGCAAUGCACAUCCCUCUAAACCACAUGAGCAAAGACCAGAGCACCCACCUGGAGGUUGUGAACAGCAUCCUUUCAGAGGAAGCUGUGUUGGGCUUUGAGUAUGGGGUGUCCCUGGAAAGCCCCAACACCCUGUGCAUCUGGGAAGCACAGUUUGGGGACUUCUACAAUGGCGCGCAGAUCAUGAUCGAUACCUUUGUCUCCAGUGGGGAAGCAAAGUGGCUGACCCAGAGUGGUCUGAUGAUGAUCCUACCCCAUGGCUAUGAUGGAGCGGGACCAGAACACUCGUCGUGCCACAUUGAGAGAUUCCUGCAGAACUGUGACUCAAAAGAAGACCAGCCAGAUGGAGAAGAUGUUAACUGGGGGAUUGUCAAUCCAACGACUCCUGCUCAGUACUUCCACUUGCUCAGGAGACAGCAACUACGAAACUUUCGGAAGCCUUUGAUCGUUGCCGGGCCCAAGAUUCUGCUGCGGUUGCCAGCUGCCACAUCAAGCCUGGAGGACAUGGCCCCGGGCACCCACUUCAUGCCAGUCCUUGGAGACACUGAGAUCCCACCAGAGAGUGUCCGUAAGGUCGUCUUUGUCAGUGGGAAGUAUUACUAUGCACUCAGGGCAGAGAGGCAAGCACGAGGCAUCAGGGACAUGGCCAUCAUUCGCUUGGAGGCGCUGUGCCCCUUCCCCACACGCGAGAUCAACGAGGAGCUAGCCAAGUACAAGAAGGCUAAGGUAUUUGUGUGGUCGCAAGAGGAGCAUCGCAACAUGGGGGCCUGGUUCUUCAUCCGACCCAGAUUUGAAAACCUUUGCGCAACUAAGUUGCAAUACGCAGGCCGAGAGGUUCUUGGGACUCCGGCUGUGGGCAUUGGUGAAUGGCACAAGAAGGAGAGCCAGAGUAUUAUUGAGCAGACUUUUGCCCUCUGAGACCAGGUUGGCUGCCCAAUUCUAUCUUUUUUCCAACCCCAAUGAGAUUUUGUUUUCCACACAUAGGGAGAUUAAUAUUAUAUUUGUUGAGCUUGUGUUUUUGAAAUAUAAAAGUGUAUUAUAGAUUUUUUUUUUUUUUUUUGAGUAUAAGAAUUCUGUCUUUGUUAAAAAUUGUUGUGUAAAUUUGUUAUCCUUUUGUAUGGUUGAGCUUGCAAAGCCAGUGAUAUAGUAUUCUGAAGUGUCAUUUCUGUUGCUUUAAACGAUUUAUGAGAUUUAUUGUCAUGUUCACAAAUGGGGAAUUAUUAGUAAAUUUCAUUAGCUCACGUAAUAAGGCUUUUUUCCUGUCUUUUUACUGAGAGAUGUUAGAUCGCACUUAAGAAGGAAUGUAAAUGAGUGCUUCCAUGUUUAGCCUUACCAAUUAUAUAUUAGUCUUGUAUAACACAGCCUUGCAUAUACUAUAGCAAGGUACAUACCUCAUUGUAAGGGUUGCUGGCAGCAAUUUUGUGAAGUUGCAAAACCCUGGAGUAUUUUCUCACAUUCGCACAAAGUCCUGACUCUUUCUUGGUUGAACUUUGUGAUUUCUAUUAAAAGAAAAAAAAAAAC